AUGCAAGACCAAGCGGAUUUGACGGACUGGCUGAGGGAGUCCUCUGCCAUGCACAAAGUUUAUGGACAUGCGUUUAUUAACAUCGCAGCUACUGGAGCAAGUGACAGCUCAGAAGGUCUCUACGAGGACAGCUACAUCGAUUUUUCCCUGUGUGAACAAGUUUAUGCGACUGUGCCCGAUAGCAGCGGUGAUUCUGCGGAAUUGAAGCUUUACACCUUGUUUGAUGGCUCAUUCUGGGAAAGUCAAGUGUCUUCAGCCCCUCUCAACAGGCGAGGAUGGGUUCUACAAGAACGAUUGCUCGCGAAAAGAGCUAUUCAUUUCGGAAGGAAGCAAGUAUUGUGGGAGUGUUGCGAUAUGGACGCCGCCGAAGUGUUUCCGGAAGGACUGCCAGCUUCAAUGAAAGGAAUGUAUGUUACGGGAUUCAAAAGUUUCGACCCUACCGUGAAGGUACCCAAAGCCUUCGGAUACCGCGGUCAGAGGUCCUCGGCGAACAAGAUCUGGUGUCGCAUCGUUUCAACAUAUAGCCACUGCAAGCUCACGAAUCCGGAAGACAAGCUAGUUGCUAUAUCAGGCAUUGCAAGACGCAUGGAGAGUAUCAUCCAAGAUAAGUACCUUGCUGGCAUGUGGCGGCAGACUUUGGCGGGCGAACUUUUUUGGGUGGCCCAUGAGAUGGGUUCGCACCACCGUUCUUCGGUGUAUCGAGCACCCACUUGGUCAUGGGCGUCGAUCGAUGGAGCUAUACACAUGGAACCUGUGCCCGAUCGGGGCUCACGUUACACUGUCAAGCAUUGUCAUCUCGACUAUGUCUCAAGCGACCACACUGGUCUACUCAGAGGCGGCGAAUUAGUGCUCGAGGGGAUCAUCAAACGCAUCACCAUUCAGUCAAAUCUUCAUCCCCCAAGAUGGGUGCUUGGAGUGAAUGGUCAUGAUUUCUCUUCCCAAUUCAUGAGUUCUUCCACUUUUGUGAACGAUGUCGCGCUGGAUGACGAUGAAUAUGACUUUGAAAAGGACAGUCGGGACGGGCGGCUGUAUCUCAUGGAAGGCUCCAUUCACUUAUGGCCGUUCGAACUGUUCAAUCUCCUACUACGCUGCGAAGAUCCAAUGACCGGCACAUUCAGUCGUUUUGGAGUCUCGACGCAUUUUGGCUUUGAUCUCGAGAAAAGGGGCGCCUUGCUUGCCAGAGACCCAGAGGAGAGCAGACUACCAUGCGUUCGAUGGGAUGUAGAGGAGAAGAUGCACACGAUACGGGUAAUCUAA